AUGUUCUACUAUGGGACGGGGAACAUCCUGCACGAUGACCACCGCUUCAUCGAGUGCGGCACGGGCCACUUCAUGAACCACCUUAGUAAUGGGCUGCAUACGCCUCCCUUCUACCACAAUCUCGUUCUUGUCGGCAAUAUCGCGCCGGAGGCUACGACUGCCAGGAGCGGUUUGGGCAUCAGGGGUCCGAAAGACAACGAGUACUUCUUCGUCUCAGGUCUCAAAGCGAUCAACUACUUCGAGUCUCCUGUACUCAGAGGCUGCUUCGAGACGACCUGCACCAUGCGCUUUGAGCGAGCCACGUGGUGGAACUCCACGCAACGCACGUGGAGCACUCCUCGACAGUCUGGGAUCUUCUGGGAUCUCGAUGGCACCCUCACGGGAUAUCCCAAUGGCUUCGUGUCCCUGGACUACGAAUACAACCAUUUCCCAGGUCUCUGUCACCAUUCAGACGAGCAUGGAAAUGGCCUUGUUUGCGGUGCUGAAGAUGGAUCCGUGCGGGUGAGAAGGCUUUUGGUGGACCGUCAAGAGCCAUGGCAGCUCGAUGGCAAGGACAUGCUCGUCCAGACAUCUGCAGGUUCUGACCUGGUGGCAUACGACAAUCUCAAGCUCCGCGGUUGGCCCGUGGUGGUCGUGGAGGGGGAAGUCUUUGACAUGAGGGUGGACGACCCCAACGACUUCCAGCGGUUAUCGUUCCAGUACUCCAUGCGCAACUACGUCGUGGAGGAGCAUGGCUACCUCUACACCCGCGCACUCCCCCGGAGCGAGGCCAUCAUGGUGCACGUGAACUUUACCGAUUGGCGGAACCAUUUCGAUGCCACGGAGGGUCUCCGGUUGGAUCGCAUGCCCAGCACAGAGGACCCAUUUGGGUCCCACUCGAUGAUGCUUUGGCCUGACGAAUGUGCGGAGUUUAACCUCACAGAGGACUCUGCCGAGCUUUGCGGCGUGUAUGUCAAUGAGACUGGCGAGGACCUGAAGGAGGAGAUCGACGAGCAGCCUGAGAUUGAUAUGGUCCACGGCCGCUUGACGGCCUCCUUCUCUGUGCAGGCGCAAGGGAGGCGAGCCGGUCAGGCGUACAAGGAAGCGAGAUCACGUGCGGCAUCUGAUGAAAGAGCACUAUUCAAGAUGAUGACUCUUGAACAGUGCACUGAGCUGAUCUGCGAGAUGGGCAAGAGUGGCGCCGGAAUUGUUACAGCCGGAGUACCUGACCCUCUGGUUGACGUGACAUCAGGCUUGCUCGCUGACAUGAUGGCAUCAAGAAAGAAGAUGGGAGAGGAGGAAAUGAAGCUCGUCACCCGUGCAGCCGACUGGGCCAGGCACGUAUGGGGCAAGCCUGGCCAUAAGGGUGCAGUCUGGAUCGGCUAUGUUUGUCCCUCUUGCCACAAGAUCCCUGACCGUGAGACCUCCUGGUGGGUCGUCAGCGGGAUUCGAAAAGCCUUGUUGUUGACAGGUCCCUAG